ACAACAACAACAACAACAACAACAGAAAAUUGUACCCAAACAUGAAGGACUAACACAGCAAACAGACAAAUCAACAAGGAUAAUGACGUUGGACUCUUCCGAUGAUUAUGGGGUCAAAAGCAUAAACGAAGACUUGUUACGAACUCCUACACCUGGAACACAGUAUGAUGCUUUGACAACAUUAUUAUUAUCUACUACCUCCAAAUCGUCUACAGCACUUACUGAGAACAAUGACGAUAGCACGAAUCAACCAUUUCGUUUCUCCAACAAUACGAAUAUUCUUCCUUAUUCUUACAAGCAUUUUUCCAAUAUGUUAUCUGAUACUUCAAUGGAUACACUUCACCAACCAAGGUCGAAUAUCACUUCCGACAUGAACAACGAUGAUGACGAUAAUGAUACAAAUGACAGUUAUUCCUACUCCCAUUUGACAGGUGACACAACAUCCGACCGUUAUCAUCGCCACCACCAUCGACAAUACAGGGAUGAUCAGACUCAUGAUUCCUACGAUGAUGAUGAUUCAACAACGUGGCAAUCAGGUAUGAUCGAUAGCAAUAACGAGCUAGUGGUACCAAAAGUCAACAUCAGAUCCUAUAAUUCUCAUUUUUCAAAAUUGAACCAAAACAACAACAACAGUAACAACAACGACGACGACAACAAUGGCAUUCAAGUGGAUACAUCAAGAAAAUCUUAUGGGCAGAACAUUGGAUAUCUUUCUAUCAUGGUAUGUGGUGAUUCAGGUAUUGGCAAAUCAGGUCUAAUCAACGCAUUUACAAUGAUACCAGAAGUUAUUGGUGGACAAUUAUUCACAACAUCUGAGCCUACAUCCAUCGAUACAACAAUGAAAGAAUCUGAUAGUACUGUGAUGGAUAUACCAGCGUUAAAAGAAGAAAAAAACGUUACAAAUAGUAUCAAGGAAUGGUAUGCAAGCACUAUGUUAUUACCACCGUGGUAUCAACAUCCUGAAGGAUAUCAACAAUUAUCACAAGAAAACUCAUAUUUGAUCAAGAAUAUUCGCUUUAUUGAUACACCUGGCUAUGGUGCAUUUGUAGAUGCGAAAUCAGUGAUUCGAUCAACUACAAAAUACCUUGAACGACAAUUCCAACUUACCAACGACUUAUUAUCACCCACAAAACCAACGACAUCACGGAUGAAACAGCUACUACAUAAUCAACAUGGUGGUCAUACUCAUGUCGACAUUUGUCUUUAUUUGAUAUUGGAUAGAGUCAAACGAGUGGAUAUUGAAUAUUUACGAUCGAUCCAUCAACUAUGUAACGUGAUCCCAGUGAUUGUCAAGACAGAUUUAUUAUCGCGUGAACAGGAACAGAAAUUGAAAUAUGCAGUAUUAAAAGAACUUGAAGCGAAUGGCAUCCAGUUUUAUCAAUGUGGAUUUACGUUUGAACAACUGUUAGCACUUUGUCAGCAAGGCGAUCUUGAUGUACCCCCUUUUGCUAUUAGUACAAAACUUAAGACCAGCAAUUACGACCAUAAAAUGGAUACCACUCAAUCUCUACACCAUCGACUCUUGUCUGCAACUUGUUAUUCAAAAUUAAUGCAUCUCAAGCAAGUCUUAUUUUAUACGCAUGUGGAUCAGCUGAGGCAUUUGACAGUAGAAAAGUUUGUGACUUGGCGACGGGAACAGACCAAUAUUCAACAAUAUUAUCGACAACAAAUCUCAUCAACAUUACCAGUAGAAACUUAUACAACUACACCAACAACAGUACCAAUUUCAGCAUCCUCUUUGUCCGUACCAGUAUCAUCAUCAUCAUCAUCGUCAGCAUCAGUAGCAUCAGCAACAUCACCAUUAUCAGUCAAUUCUACAAGAAACAAUAGCAAUCAUCAUCGACAUCAUCAUCAUCAUCACCAUCAUCAUCGACCAUCAUUGACAGAAAUAAACGAUAACAGUACAUUAAUGUUGGAUUUGGAAAAUACCACUCAAAAGCUUGCAACCAGGGAAAUAGCAGAAAAGAUUCAAGAAUUGAAAGCCAAGCAGCGCCGAAGUGUCCAAUUACGGAUGGCUCAUUAUGUCAGUGAACAACGACAACGCAUGGAACAAAAUAUGCAGGAUCAAUUGACACAACUGAAGCAUACAUAUCAAGUCUUGGAACAUCAAGAAAAAAUCAAGUUUUUGACAAGUGAACUCUACAACUGUUUAUCGGAACUUGGAUUGAUAUCUAAUUCUGAUAUGAAAUCAAUAACAUCGGUAGUCGAAGAUAGAACAACCAAAACAUUAACAAUAGAAUCAAGGUUACCCUACUUUAUGCGAAUAGUUGUAUGUAUUGUCCUAGUUUUAGUUUUAGUAGUUAGUUAUCAGUGGUUCUUUUGAAAAUGGAUUAGUACAUAUAUUUGAUUUUACUUUUUCCUGCAUUCCUUUUUUUUUUUUUUGUAUAGUUUAC